GCCAAAUUUCGCGUGCGAUGUCGUGAUGAACAUCACUCUGUGGUAGACUUAUUUUGACUAUUCUUCCUUGUCCAUUCACCCCUUCGAUUCCUCCUUACACGGCCGGCUCGCACCCCCCUUUUGCUACGCCAGAAUCCGAUUUCCAAGCUCAAGCUCAAGCGUCAGCUUUUUCUCUCUCUUUAUUCCUACCAUGGACCGCGACUCCCUUGUGUUCCUCGCCAAGCUGGCCGAGCAGGCCGAGCGUUACGACGAGAUGGUCGACCACAUGAAGGCCGUGGCCAACAACCACAACGUGGAGCUCACUGUCGAGGAGCGUAACCUCCUGUCCGUCGCCUACAAGAACGUGAUCGGCUCUCGUCGUGCCUCGUGGCGUGUGAUCUCGUCCAUCGAGAACAAGGGCGACUCGGAGCGCAGCGAGCACAUCAAGGCGUACCGUCAGAAGAUCGAGGGCGAGCUCGUGGACAUCUGUAACGACAUCCUGACGAUCAUCGAGAACAACCUGAUCCCCAACUCGUCCAGCGAGGAGGGCAAGGUCUUCUACUACAAGAUGAAGGGCGACUACCACCGUUACCUGGCCGAGUUCCAGGUGGACGAUGAGCGCAAGGAGUCGUCGGACAAGGCUCUGGAGAGCUACAAGCAGGCCUCAACCAUCGCCAUGGCCGAGCUGCCCCCCACGCACCCCAUUCGUCUGGGUCUGGCUCUUAACUUCUCGGUCUUUUACUACGAGAUCCUGAACUCGCCCGACCGCGCUUGCAACCUGGCCAAGCAGGCUUUCGACGACGCUAUCGCUGAGCUGGACACUCUGUCUGAGGAGAGCUACAAGGACAGCACGCUGAUCAUGCAGCUGCUGCGUGACAACCUGACGCUCUGGACGUCGGACCAGGAGCCCGACAACGCCGAUGCCAACCAGGGCGACAUGAACGUGCAGGACGUGGAGUAAGUUCCCCGCCUUAGGCGAGCUAGCUAGGCUGGUGUCCACUUGGUGAAAGAGGAAGGUCGAAGGAGAUGUAGACGCGGCGGAGGAUGCAGGGGAACGAGAGGCCGCAGAGUUUUGUUGGCCUCCUCCCCUCGCGCCUCGACCAACGCCGUGUUUGCCAGCCGUUCCAUCGCGCCACGGACCUAGCUGUCCAGUACUUAAUAUUGGUAGAUAGAAACUACGAAAAUCUCAGCGAACUGUCUUCCCUGUUGUCGAGUGUUACUGAAAGCAUGUUAUCCUACCAAAGUUCCAUACAUGCGAGGAUAAGGUGAAAAUGGAGGUGGCUUCGUGCACUGCAUAGUGAGCUGAAGAUGUUUGGUGUUGUCGACACGUCGAAAGGGAAACCGACGCAAGAUCGAGAUCUUUUAUGCGUGUCUCAGUGCCUAUAUAGAUAGGG